AGAGAAAGGGAGCUGCUUCCAUCCCGGACUUCCCAGAGCCUGCUUGGAGCGCGCACUCAGCGGCUCUCGGGUCCCAGCGUCCCAGCCGCCGCCCGCGCUUCUCCGCCCCGCUCCUCCUCCUCCUCCUCCUCUUCCUCCUCCUCCUCCUCCUCCUCUCUAGGCACCCCCGUCCCCUCCUUCCAGAGGCUGCAGCCCCCAGCCCCAACUCUCUGCGCUUACUCCUGGGACGCGCGUCCUCGCCCCAUCCUUUGCUUCCUUCCUUCCUUCUUUCCUUCCUUCUUCCUUCCUCCCCUGGCUCCCGCCCUCCCUAUCCAGAUCGCCCUCCCGGGGCCCGAUUGUCUCGGUGCCCCGCUCCCGGCCCGCGCCCUGCCCCGUCUCUCCCUCGCACUUCCUGAGUCGCCCGCCGCUGCCGUCGCAGUCUCUCCGCGGGAGCCCCAGCCCAGCCCGAGCCCGAGCCCGAGCCCGACAGCCACUGCCCCGGCUCUAGCUCCAGCCCCGCAGCCCGCGGCGCCCGCCCGAGGGAGCCCCGGCGCCCGGGGAAGGCUACAGUGGGCGAGCGCGCCCUCGCCCAGCCCCGCUCCCCAGCCCUGCCCGGCCCGGCGAGGAAGGACCGGGAAGAUGAACAACGGCGGCAAAGCCGAGAAGGAGAACACCCCGAGCGAGGCCAACCUUCAGGAGGAAGAGGUCCGGACCCUAUUUGUUAGUGGCCUUCCUCUGGAUAUCAAACCUCGGGAGCUCUAUCUGCUUUUCAGACCAUUUAAGGGCUAUGAGGGUUCUCUUAUAAAGCUCACAUCUAAACAGCCUGUAGGUUUUGUCAGUUUUGACAGUCGCUCAGAAGCAGAAGCUGCAAAGAAUGCUUUGAAUGGCAUCCGCUUCGAUCCUGAAAUUCCGCAAACACUACGACUAGAGUUUGCUAAGGCAAACACGAAGAUGGCCAAGAACAAACUCGUAGGGACUCCAAACCCCAGUACUCCUCUGCCCAACACUGUACCUCAGUUCAUUGCCAGAGAGCCAUAUGAGCUCACAGUGCCUGCACUUUACCCCAGUAGCCCUGAAGUGUGGGCCCCGUACCCUCUGUACCCAGCGGAGUUAGCGCCUGCUCUACCUCCUCCUGCUUUCACCUAUCCCGCUUCACUGCAUGCCCAGUGUUUCUCUCCUGAGGCAAAGCCCAACACACCUGUCUUUUGUCCACUUCUCCAGCAAAUUAGAUUUGUCUCUGGGAAUGUGUUUGUAACAUACCAACCUACUGCAGACCAGCAGAGGGAGCUCCCAUGUUGAAUUUGUUAGCUAUCUUCCCCCCUUUCGCAAAAACUAUUUCUUGACGACCUUUGAGAGAUUUCAAUAAAAAUUUUAAUCAGAGCAAAAAUGAUCUCAA